CUCUAACCAUUCUAAAUAAAGUGUUAACACGGUACAGCUUUGCUUUAAGUAGCAUAAUUGUUGAUCUUAGCAGUUGCUUCCAUUCAGUCCCAUCCUAGUCUAACCAUAUUUUCACUAACUGUUUUGCAAAACUAAAACCUAAGUAUAAAAAACCUUUCCAAUGAUAGCCUUGCCUUCCCAUAAAUGUAAUUUCUUAUGCACUGAAACAUCCGAAUGUAAAACUUGAAUCUGACCAACUAACGUUCUUCUCUGUUAUGAUGUUAUGCUCCAUUUUGUCUUUCAACGCCCUCCCCUACUCACUUGGAAGGAAAUGUGUAGCGCAACAAGCCGUACGUCUUUAUCGAUUGAAAAGACCUUUAAAUGUUUCCCCUAGACGGCAAAGUUGGAACCCUAAAAGAGUUUGAGAAAACUUAUUUUUUUAUGAGUUUUUGUUACAGGUGGAGCACAACGGUAAGUCUUGAUUUUGAUUGAGUGGCUAGGUAGUAUUGCACACCAAUCAAAAUCUCUCCUCCUUUAGGCCUUCUCUGUACGGGGGAGGAAACCCAAAAAUAAUUUGUGGUUUCACAUACACACACACACACAAACACACACACACACACACAAACACACACGAUACACAAAAUAUCUGUUGCAUAGAUUAGAAAUAGUCCACUUCCUCUACGUCUCUCCUCAUGCCGCACUGGAGCAUAAAUCCAUAGUGUUUCCUCAUUUCUGCCCUGGUGUAUUAUCUUUAAAGGCCUUUACAGUCAGUAGUUAUUCUGGCUGGCAUGCUUCAGCCAAGUGAAGAUAUUUAAAAAAAACAAUCAGUCAAAGGGAGAAAAAAGAGUUUUAUAGGAAAAAUACAAUAAAGACAAAAGCCUAUCCUCCACCACUAAUGCUAAAUGACAAUGAAUCCCCUUUUUGAUGGAGCUUUAAUAAAUUGAAGCAGAUGCAUUUUUGGCAUGCAUUAUUUAUAUUGUGCAUAUUAAAUAAAGAUGCCUCGGUAUCUACUCAGUUUGUUCCCUCUGCUGUGUACCAAAUAACUUUGUUCCCAAUAAAUAAUUCACUACUCUGACAUUAUAAAAUGGGUCAGGGAGCUGCAUUUUCAUUAUUAUUUCUAUCAUCAUACUCAGUGAAACAGAAGCACAGAGACAAAAAACUACCGUGGGAAGCCGAAGGUUUAGAAGUCAGGAUCGGUGAGCGUUGGCAGCAUUCAUCCUGGAGCUGUGAUUCAGUCCACCUUGUUUAUCGGUAGAAGAUAAACGCUUUAUUAGAAAAGAUGGUCAGAGUUUCUGCAGCUUUAUUGGUGCAGCACCGGGACGUUUAUCAGCUGUUUUGCAAAACUAAAAUAAAACAUAAGACCGACAGGUAUAACUUUAUAGUUUCCAACAAUCCAACCAGUUUUCCAUAAACUCCGGCUCCACAAGCUUGCAUUUAAAAGUGCACACGAGGUUCAUAACUACUCAAGUUCCUUCACACUUCGUAACACUCCUGUUAUGCUGUGAUGGUGUCAACCUUUGUUUGUUUUCAGUUGAACUUUUGUCGACUUAUUCUGAUACUUGAUGUUUACUAUGUUUUGUUCAAUAGGCAAAAUGCACUUGAGAUUAGCAGCUGUGGUGGUCGUCAUUUUGAAUGGGACAAACUGGAAUGUAACUUUUACUGAAACGUACUUAAUCAUGAUGAAAAUGUCGCUGAUUGGCCUCUGAAAGUUUUUCCUUUAACAGUCUUGAACUGCAGCUGCUAAUUUUCUCCCAAACUGUGUCUUUAUUUAUUUUUCUUUUCAAUUUCUCAUUAGUUUUUUUUUUUUAGUUCCUCUUGAUUUGGUUUCUUUUUCUACUAAAAGCAAAAUACGGCCACCACAGGAGCGCUUUCAUGUGGCCAUAAGAGGCUUGUAAACAUUUUGAAUUAUAAGUAUGGUACACUUUAUUUCACUCCAGUGGCGCCGCACUACUUUUUUUUUUUUUAUUUUUUUUUGUAAUCUUUCUUUUUUAACCAGCGAUCGAGCAGCCACUGGGGUGUAUCUGAUUGUUUUGGUUUAAAGUUUAUUUGAAAGGGGAGGGCAGGCAAGUGUACGUUGAAGAUGGGUGUCAUUGAUAGCAGGGACAAGGGAAAGAGAGGAAGACAAAAGAAAGGAAAAGGGAAAUGUAGCUGCAGCUAAACACCUUGAGGUGGCUUUUUUUACUCUCUCUGUGUUUCCCCUAUUUUUCUCUUCUCCUCAUGUCAUUGUGUUCUGCAUCAACCCCUUUACAUCCCUCAGAGCUUCGAGAAGUCCGGCGGGUGCCUCCUCGCUUCUCCAUUCCACCAACGAAUCAAGAGAUAAUGCCAGGUGGCAGUGUGAACAUAACAUGCGUGGCAGUGGGGUCGCCCAUGCCUUAUGUCAAGUGGAUGCUGAACUCUGAGGAUCUGACACCGGAGGACGAGAUGCCAGUUGGCAGGAAUGUUCUUGAACUGAGCAGCGUCCGUGAGUCAGCCAACUACACCUGCGUAGCCAUGAGCAGCCUUGGCAUGAUUGAAGCUGUGGCACAGAUCACAGUCAAAUCUCUCCCGAAGCCUCCUGGCACCCCUGUGGUGACUGAAACCACAGCUACAAGUGUAACUAUUACCUGGGACUCGGGAAACCCAGACCCAGUGACAUAUUACAUCAUACAGUACAGGGCUAAGUCCCCAGACAGCAAGUAUGAGACAGUGGAUGACAUCACCACUACACGUUAUAGCAUUGGUGGCCUCUACCCAAACACAGAGUAUGAAAUCCGUGUCUCAGCCGUCAAUACGAUUGGACAGGGACCUCCCAGCGAACCAGUUGAAACUCGGACGGGCGAGCAAGCCCCUGCAAGUCCGCCAAGAAACGUCAGAGCAGAAAUUCUUCCUCAAAACUCAAUGGUGGUGCAGUGGGAAGAGCCAGAAGAGCCUAACGGGCAGAUCAAGGGAUACCGAGUUUAUUACACCAUGGAUGACUCGCAGCCAAUGAGUCUGUGGCAUAUUCAUAAUGUCCAGGAUAGCAUCCUCACCACCAUCCAAAGCCUAGUUCCUGAAGAAACAUACGCAAUCAAAGUUCUUGCAUUUACCUCUGUUGGUGAUGGACCUUUUUCAGAAGCCGUUAGUGUCAAAGUACAGCAAGGAGUUCCUGGUCAACCAUCCAAAUUCCAGGUGGGUGCCGUGUCCGACACCAGUAUUGAACUGACCUGGGAUCCUGCCUAUGACAAAGAAGGGAUUGUAAGAUAUGAACUUCGCUAUGCAGAAGGCAAAUUCAGCACACUGAUAAAGAAAGACUUUCCGCCCAGAAGAUCUUAUGUCGUGGAAGGUCUCCGCCCCAACACAGAGUACCGUUUCUCCCUGGCAGCCAUCUCCAACAAAGGCAUUGGAGCCUUCACAAAUGAAAUCUCUGAAAGGACCUUACAAGCCAAACCCUCAGCUCCCCCUCAAGACGUUAAGUGCCGCAGCACCAGCUCCACUAGCCUUUUGGUAAGUUGGGGGCCCCCACCACUGGAGAGUCAGAAUGGUGACCUGACGGGGUUUAGGGUGCGCUACCAGGUGGUGGGCCCUUCAGAGGGGGCUGGUGACAACAUGGAGCCAAUGGAGGAGCCAAUGGUCCUUCCAAACGAAGAGCGGGUGUUGCUACAGCGACUAGAGAAAUGGACCCAGUACAGCAUCACUGUUUCUGCCUCAACUGCUGUUGGGAUGGGCCCUGAGAGUGAGCCCCUGGUCUGCCGCACAGACGAAGACGUUCCUGGAGCUUCGCCAAGGCGAGUUGAGGUGGAGGUCCUCAACUCCACAGCUCUUAAGGUGAUGUGGCGUUCGGUGAUACCAGGAAAGCAGAAUGGUCAGAUCCGUGGCUACCAGGUCCACUAUGUACGGGUGGAGAACGGAGAGUCACGGGGCCUUCCCCUCAUCAAGGAUGUGAUGCUGGCUGAUGCCCAGUGGGAAACGGACGAUACGGCUGAAUAUGAAAUGGUCAUUGGAGGACUCAAACCAGACACUACUUACUCCAUCACGGUGGCGGCGUACACCACCAAGGGGGACGGAACUCGGAGCAAACCCAAAGUGGUGGUGACUAAAGGGGCAGUACCUGGUCCACCCUAUUUGUCAGUGGUUCAGAACUCAAAAUCAUCUGCCACUGUUCACUGGGAUCCUCCAGAUCUGACCAAUGGAAUGGACCUGCAGGGAUACAGGCUACAGUUUGGACGAAAAGAUGUGUCCCCUUUAGCCACCCUGGAAUUUGCUCCCCAAGAGCGUCAGUAUUCUGUGGGCAACAUUCACCGCGGCGCCACUUAUCUCUUUAAGAUCUCAGCCAAAAGCAGAGGGGGCUUUGGGGAGGAGGCUGUGGCAGAGCUCACUAUUCCUGAGAAUAGUCCAGGGGGAUACCCUCAAAUGAACGAGGGCUCCAACAUAACAUGCUGCUCAGUGCAGCUGUCCUGGUCUCCACCAGUGCUGGCAGAGAGGAAUGGGGUCAUCACAGAGUACACUUUGGCCUACAAAGAAGCCGGAGCAGGAGGAUCACCACUGGAACUCCGAUUACCACCCAACCUUUCCAGCUUUGUGCUCAACAGUCUCAAACCGAACUCUGCAUAUGAUGUGAAAAUACGUGCCCACACCAGUAUAGGUCCAGGGCCCUACAGCCCACCUAUCCAGUAUCGGACGGUGGCCAUUGAUCCUGCAGAUGUUCCUAAGAAUUUCACUGUUAAGUGGGUCACCAAGACCACGGUAGUCCUUGCAUGGAAAUUUUCUGAAAGCAGAUCUCCAUACAAAUGCACGAUUGAGUACAAUCGUCAAAAGAUGGAUGUGGACGCCAGGCAGUUGAAGAUGUUUAUCACAGGACUUAGGCCCAACACCACAUACGAGUUUAGGGUGACUUGCCAAGAAAGUAUGGAUGGUGGCCCUCGACACCGUGUGGUGGCCAGGACUGCACCACAUAUCCUGGUCAAGAAACCAAAACUGGACAUCUACGCUGAGCCUGAAAACAUUCUUACCAUGUCCUUUCCACCAGUCAGCACCAAGGAUGUGAAGAACUUCUAUGUGGUGGUAGUACCACUUAAGACAACAACAGGAACAGUUAAAAACUUGAAGAAUCCCGAUGAGAUGGACAUUGAAGAGCUCUUGCGGGAGGUGAUUCUGAAGCGGCGUUCACGUCGUCAGUUGGCUCAGCUGGACCAGAGGAAUCCCUACAUCACGGCCUGCUUCAAGCAGCUGCCCACCAGCUUCACGGUGGGAUCCGACCACUACCUCAGCAGCUGUGAGAAUAAGCCUCUAGAACCUGGUCAGGAGUAUGUCUUCUUCCUGCUGGCUGAACUCAAUGCCACCGUGGGGAAAAUGUUUGCAACUAGUCCGCACACCGACACAGUGACGACUCCAGAGAUGGUGGUGGACCCUUUGCCAGUGGAGACCGGUGAUGGACUCAUAUGGGUAGUGGGACCUGUCUUGGCUGUGGUCUUCAUCAUCGGCAUUGUCAUCUCCAUUCUCCUUCUGAAAAACCGCAAAAGAAAAGAGUCUGAGCCGCGUACGAAGUGUCUGCUGAACAACGCAGACAUCAUGCCCCACCACCCUACAGAUCCUGUGGAAAUGAGACGCAUCAACUUCCAAACUCCAGAUUCUGGUCUGAGCAGUCCUCAGAGUGAAGCGGGUUUUGACUAUGAAAGUAUGAUGAAUCAUCCUCCCAUCCCCAUCUCGGAGCUGGCUGAACACACUGAACUUCUCAAAGCUAAUGACAACCUUAAACUCUCCCAGGAAUAUGAGUCCAUUGAUCCGGGCCAGCAGUUCACCUGGGAGCACUCCAAUCUGGAGGUGAACAAGCCCAAAAAUCGUUACGCCAACGUCAUUGCCUACGACCACUCCCGUGUCAUCCUGGCUCCCAUCGAGGGUAUAACAGGUAGCGAUUACAUCAAUGCCAACUACAUUGAUGGCUACAGGAAGCAGAAUGCCUACAUCGCCACCCAGGGUCCAUUACCAGAAACGUUUGGAGAUUUCUGGAGGAUGGUGUGGGAACAGAGAACAGCAACUGUUGUCAUGAUGACCAGGCUGGAGGAGAAGUCAAGAAUUAAAUGUGACCAGUACUGGCCCAGUCGUGGCACGGAAACGUACGGCAUGACCCAAGUGACCCUGCUGGACACUAUAGAGCUGGCCACUUUCUGUGUUCGCACUUUCUCCCUACACAAGAACGGCUCGAGCGAAAAGCGGGAGGUUCGUCAGUUCCAGUUCACAGCGUGGCCCGACCACGGUGUGCCGGAGUACCCGACCCCCUUCCUAGCCUUCCUCCGUAGGGUGAAGACAUGUAACCCGCCUGAUGCCGGACCCAUCAUUGCUCACUGCAGUGCUGGUGUUGGGCGGACAGGCUGCUUUAUAGUAAUCGACGCCAUGCUCGAGCGCAUCAAGCACGAGAAGACGGUGGACAUUUACGGCCACGUGACGCUAAUGCGCUCUCAGCGGAACUACAUGGUGCAGACGGAGGACCAGUACAGCUUCAUUCACGACGCGCUGCUAGAGGCGGUGGCUUGCGGGAACACCGAGGUGGCCGCCCGCAGCCUGUACUCCUACAUCCAGAAGCUGGCCCAGGUGGAGAGUGGGGAGCACGUCACCGGGAUGGAGCUAGAGUUCAAGCGUUUGGCCAACUCCAAAGCCCAUACAUCACGCUUCAUCAGUGCCAACCUCCCCUGCAACAAGUUCAAGAACCGGCUGGUCAACAUCAUGCCCUACGAGACCACACGUGUCUGUCUGCAGCCAAUCAGAGGUCUGGAAGGAUCCGACUACAUCAACGCCAGCUUUAUUGAUGGAUAUAGGCAGCAGAAGGCCUACAUUGCCACACAAGGCCCUUUAGCAGAGACUACAGAAGACUUCUGGAGAAUGCUCUGGGAGAACAAUUCCACUAUUGUCGUCAUGUUGACCAAACUUAGAGAGAUGGGACGAGAAAAGUGUCAUCAGUACUGGCCAGCAGAGCGUUCUGCCAGGUAUCAGUACUUUGUGGUGGAUCCUAUGGCUGAGUACAACAUGCCUCAGUACAUCCUACGGGAGUUCAAAGUCACAGACGCAAGGGACGGCCAGUCAAGGACAGUGAGACAGUUCCAGUUCACUGAUUGGCCGGAGCAAGGUGUGCCCAAAUCUGGGGAGGGUUUCAUCGACUUUAUUGGCCAGGUCCAUAAAACCAAGGAGCAGUUUGGACAGGAUGGACCCAUCUCUGUCCACUGCAGCGCUGGAGUGGGAAGGACAGGAGUCUUCAUCACUCUCAGCAUCGUCCUGGAGAGGAUGCGUUAUGAAGGCGUGGUUGACAUCUUCCAAACAGUGAAGAUGCUGCGGACACAGAGGCCAGCUAUGGUUCAGACUGAGGACGAGUACCAAUUCUGCUACCACGCAGCUCUGGAGUACUUAGGAAGCUUUGAUCACUAUGCAACGUAAAAAGCCAUCUCUUCUCCCAGAAUCCUGGUGCCCUCGCCCCUCACCCAACUCAACGGUUUCCUGAGCCAUAGAAACUUUGAUAUCUGAAACGACAGCAGCAGCAGUCGACCACCCUCCCCACUGCUAAUUCAGACACACCAAACAGGAUCCUGUGAAUCUUUCCAACAAUCGCGUCACCCAAAACAACCAGUUCAGCAAAAUUCCAAUUGAGCUGCAAAAAACAGGAGAAAAAUGACCAUAAUCCCAACAAAUGAAGAUUCUCGGCUGACGGGGAAUCAGGAGCUGUGGCUGGAGCUAUGGGGCCGGGUCAUCGAUCCAAGAGUCAGACUGCUUACCUUACCUCAAGUGUUUCUGUGUGGAGGACGUUGUAAAAACCCGUGGACGUUUCUCUCAAAAAAUAAAAAAGAAACAAAUCUUUCCGAUACAUCAGUGGCAAGGUAAUGAAGGAGAAGGAAAGCAAAAGAAACAAAUAAAGAAAAAAUCAAUGAGAAGCAGAUGGAUGUAGCCAAGACUGGGGAAACACGCUUGUUUUGGAUGUAAAAAUGGUUCAAGUAUUUCUAUCAACUAUUUUUGUGAGUGUUAUCCAGAGAAAUGGCCAAGUUGCAGCCACCUAUGUAAACACAAAUGGCUUUUUCCCCCUCCCAAAGUCUGAUCUUUCACACGCCGGCGGAACAAGGGAGCUCAUGCAGCAGAAAAACGGCCAUUCUUGUUUAAGUGUGCAGUUUGUGUGGAAAAAUUCUCAAAAGUCACAGUAAACGUUUAAGUACCAGGAGCUUUAAAAGGGCAAUGGUUCUCCAAACAGAAAUCACAGCACAUACGAUCAAAUUUGUUCGUUUUUUGAAUCGCAACGGUGCACAAAAUCUGUAAUAGGCCAGGUAACAGCGUAACGGCUGUGCCACGCUUCGGCGAGCAGAUGAGUGAAGAAAACCACGUCUUUGUCUUGGCGUCCUGCUCGAUGACCAAGCGGAGAGACGAAGACGAUGAUUCAUGUUUUUAUUUUUAUUUUAAUAAUCACUUCUCCCUUUGGAACGCUGCAGGAUUACGGUCAACAAUCCGUCAGGUGAGGAAAACGGCUUUUUGGAACAAAUGGAUCAACCAAACAGCGAAAGCUGGGGCUUUCUUUGUGUACAGUGCCCACCCUUCAUCAUCAUCAUCAUCAUCUGCAUUUUUUUUCUCCGUUAAAAACCAAACAUGCUGCUUAUCUCUUGUAUGCGGUGCAUGUGACUCUUGAACGAGAGGAAACUGAUGAACAUGCCAGCUCCGCUAACUCCUUGCGCCCAGGCGGGCGUAACAGAAAGUGCAUCCACACAACGCUACGGUCCACCGCUGCUUCUUUUUUUUCUUUUCGUCUAAUUUCCUUGGCCUCCUCUAUAAUCAUCUAUAUAAUUGUACAAGACACUCAAAAGUGGCAAAGGCCUUUUUGCAGUUACAGAGUUGUACAUUGAUGUGGUUGACAAAUCUGCCCUGAGUUUCACCGUCUGUGUUUGGUAACUGGUCGAUUAACAAACUAGACACUUUGGUGUUUGGCCUCCGUUUUCUAGACGAUGUUUUCUGUGGGUGAAAACAACCAGAGUGAGUAGCCAUGUUGGAGAUCGAUGCCACGACGAGUUCAUGAAUUUUGUCAAUUUCUUGCAAAUCCCUGAGGCAGAACAGAUAAUCGACUUGCAUCAACUCCCACCCCACCCCAGAGCAGCUGCAGGUUAUCUUGUUAAUGUGUCUGAUUUAAAAAGAACAACAAGACAAAAGCUUUUUCAAAUUCCCAAGAUUUUGUUUCCAGGACAGCGCUUUGGUACGAGUGAGCGUCUGGAUUCUGCGAAGGUUCACAGCGGACGUGCACAAAAAAACUGAGCGAUGGACAUAACUGUGUGUGAUCUUUUCUUAUUUCCAAAAAAGCCUUAUUGUUAUUGUAACAUUAUGAAAACAUUAAUGUUGUAAUAUGAUGACUUAUACUACAUGACAUAGUUGUUGUUUUUUUAUUUCCUUUCGUUUUUAACAGAGAUGUGUUUGUCACAUUUUUUUAAUUAGCAGGAAACAGAGAUGCUUGUAUGUUCAGAUUAUGUUGAAAGACAUUCUAUUUUUUCACUGUAGAAAUGUUAGUUAUAACGUGUGUGUGUGUGCGUACCCGUGCAUACGGCACACUCGCACAUGCAUAUAUAUUUAAAUGCAAAAUUUGAAGAUAUAUCCAAACUCCUAGUUACAUUCUUUCAUCUUGUUAUUAUUUUUUAUAAAUACAUGUCGAACCUAACACUUGGAAACAUGAUGAGUUUUCAUUACUUUGACUUUUGCUUUAUUGUUUUUUUAAACAUUGUGUAAUCCUGGAGAUUCUGUGUGUCUUUGGCAUAAAGUCACGUGAACUUUUGCCUCCUUUCAUCAAUUUAAACCUCUACCUGUUGGGUAGAACCUGUGCCGAUGAAGAGAUGCUCUCGAAAAAACUUUAAUUUUUUUUUGUCAUUAACUUUUUAGCAUUUUUUUUAAAUCUAAAACCAUCAAUCAAAACUCAUAACUGACCGUGUUUUGUUCUGUGUAUCAGGCGCUGGCAUAUUGUAUGAAUAUGUACAGACAACGAGCCUCACAAUCGUAAAAGAAAAUCACUUUUUUUACUUAUAUUUUCAGACAUAAUGUUGCCAUUAAUUUUAUUAGACAUCCAUAUGAUCUAGAGUAUACGUGUAAAUAAAAAUAUAUAGAAUAUAUGUAUCACUUGACCCUGGAGAUCUCAUACUUUUAAGCAGAGACACAAAUGCACAGACGGAGAUUUUCAUCAUACCCAGUUUCUUUGGUGUUUGUGGAGUCUGUUUUUCUCAGACCUUUUUUCUCUUAGCUCUGCUCCCUGGUCUUUAAUUACCUCUCACUUUUUUCCCUGCCUUUAAUUUCCCCUGCUAGUAGUCGAACUGGGAAACAUGCCAGCUUCUGUUCCCACAGCCAUACCCCAAACAGGGGCACAAAAAUCCGGAUCAGUGAUCCGCCGGUUGAAUUUCGCCCAAGCAGAGAUAUCUGUCCACUCCACCCUCUAACCUUUUAAAUCAGCAGUUAUUCUUCGUGUGGACAGAAGUAAUUAGAGGGGAUCCGGAAAACGGAUUGUGUUCAAUUAUUUAGACACAAAAAGUCAAAGAAAAGAUAAAUGGAUUCUUGUUGAUUCUUCUUUUCUCAAAGGUGUUGAAUUUUUAACAGUUUCAUACGAAUCCCCAAACGAUCUCCAGCAGUCCAGAUACCUUAAAUGCCGAGGUGUUAAAACAUAAAUGCGUCAUUAGCUGGAAUACAGCUGUGCUAAAAGGCCAAACAUACUCCACUCGCAGCAACAUGUUGACCUUUUUUGUCGUCCCUGGUGGAUUCUUUUCACCGAGGUGUUUUUGUUUGUUCAUGUUUCAUUAUGGGAUGCAGAAAGACAUCGGGACUCCGUGAACAAAAGCAACACGAUGAAACAAAACGCCAGAACGAGACAACCAAAAACUUGCUGCAGAUUCUUAUUUAGAUGUUUCCUAAUGAGUUGAAGUCUUCUGUUAUUCAAGGAGACUGGUGAACUGGCCCGUUGCUCCACGCUAGUGCAAUGUGUUGAUCUUAUGAUGUUUAUUUUUGGUUUGGUUUUUAUGUUAGAGCCACUAAAUUUAUUGGAAUAUGUCGCUAAAUAUUGUGGGGGGAGAAUGACAAAAAGGAUAACACAGAAAAAUAAAUCAUGUCAAAAUAACAGAAAAGUGUUACGAGACAUAGCGACACAACGAGAAGAACCCGAACUCUGUAAAACCAUUUUCCUUUGUAUGAGGGCCAAGUGCUACCACUUUCAAACUGUUACAUCGAACUGAAACAAUAAUUGGUUUAAAGCCACUGUGUAUGUAGAUAUGUUGACUUUGUAUUAAAGAAAUGUUGUCUGAAAA